AUGUCAUCAAAAUAUGCUGGAGAUAUUUCAUUACCAACUCGAAUAAAUCUUUGUUAUGAUAAUCAACAUGAUCUAAAAUAUAAUGAAAUUGAUCUUCGAGCUUUUGGUGAUGUAUUACAACGAAUGGGUAAAUUCGAGCUAGCUGAAACGAUAUAUCAUCGUUUACUUGAUAAAGUUUCAUCAAGUGAUUCAUCACUUGCUCGUUUAUACCACUCACUUGGUAAUACAAACAAAGAAAAAAAGAACUAUGAUUCUAGAUUGAAAUGGUAUCAAAAUUCAUUAGAAGUAUUCUUACAAACACAUACAUCAGCUUUUAUUAAUCUUGAAAAUUUAUAUGGUUCUAUGGGUGAAGGUUAUUCAUACAAGAAAAAUAUUCAUCAAUCAUUGGACUGUUAUGAGAAAGCUAUAAAAUAA